GGACCUUUCCGGGACUGAGGGAGCGACGUCGGGUCCAGCUUCGUGUUAGACUUCGUCGCGGGGUUGGGACAUCUCCCCGAAAAGUGAACUUAAUGUACUGAGUACUGAUUGCGUUGAUGAGAGACAUUGGCCUGGGCUCAUGUAUCUAAAGAUCCUAGGAUUGCUGCAGGUCAACAGUCCCCACUGGAGAAACAGAUCUUGGUAAAUGAGUUAUAUUCAUAUCAUAUAGUGUGGGACUACUUAGAGCCCAAGUGACACCUUCACCCUCUAUACUGUUAAAUGUUUCCCAGCAAUUUCCAUAAUUACACAACAAAACAUUAUUUUGAAAAUUCCCAAAUAUAUGUAUACACACACACAUACAACAUAUUUUGGUUGUCUGUACCCAUUCACACUUGCAGAGCUCCCAGGCUUGCCUGAGAGUAAGGGGAGUAAAAUUAAAAUUAUUACACAAAAGUAAAUACAAAGAGCAUUUAUCUUUUCUUGGUGUUAAUAGGAAGAGUAGGUUCUUAUUUAAGUGUGUUCAAAGGAAGUAGAUUACUGCAUUAUGAAAUUCUAAACCUCACUUUAACAGAAUCUAGGUGGUGUGCAUACAUCAGCAGCAAGACACUUGGUAACUCAAAAAUGCCAAGAGGAACAUGAAACACUCUGUAAGGAGCAAGCUGUUUCUGUUGACUACUGGCUUGCCAGAGCAGAAUCUUACUAUAAUGAAAGAAUGGUGGAAAUGGUGACAGAAGAGAAGGGUAUGGAGUUAAAGGCAGAAGUGGAGGGUGAAAGAACACAGAGCAUAGAGGAACCAAAACAGUACUGCUGGGUACCCCAGAGAGAGAGGACACAUAUAGAAAGGUACAUACAUCGAGCAGGACGGGCUAAAGAAUUUAAAUACAAAACUCAUAGACAACCACAACCCCCCAGUGAAACAACAUUACCAAAAAUUAUUCCAGAAAAGCCUUGCAUCCCAACAGUACAAAGAAGAAAACAGGUAAAUGAGAGAGAACAGAGACAAAUUAAAGAUCAUCAGGAGCGAAUGACUCGAGGGAGAGAAAUUAUAGAGAAAAAACUUAAGGACCGAAUCUUGAGAAAAAGUCAAGACCAGCUACCUACACACCAUGAGAAGCGCAAGAGAAUAAAGAAAGACAUUCAAGAGUUUGAAAGAGUCAUUGUAUAUCCACUUUACCAGCCAAGCAAUAGAAGUUUGAUUAAAGUGAAUGUUCUUAUGGAAAAGUCUGAGAAUAGAGAGGAACUGGAUACAGGUAUAAAAUCAUGUGAAAGAAAAUUCUUAGCUGUGCCACCCUUUUUGAGAAGUCAAAUAAGACAAAUAAAAAAUUAG